AAUGUGAAAGGGAGGGUUGGGGAGUAAGGUGUAAGGGUUGUAUAGCAGAUGCAAAUUUGUCCUUUUUUCAUGUUCAGUAGGGCAAAUGAGCCAAGCACGCAUGACCUGGUGGUUCCUGACACUGUGUGACAGACUGUUAUUUAUCAAACUAGUGAUAGUGUUAUCUAUCACAUAAUUUGGUAUCCUUCCAUGCCACUCCAUGUGAUUUGGGUAAUAAUGCAGUUCCUACCUGAUUUGGAUCACCUGAUCAGGAUAAAGCAGUUACUGAAGAUGAAUGAAUGAGUUUGUACAAUGCUAUAAACUGAUUUCUAGAAGUCUUGUAGCUCCAGUGCAAUGUAAGAACAAACCUCAGACACAAAUCACGUGAAACACUGACACACUAUUAUUUUAUGCUCAUGUGUGCUGGGUUACUGAGCUGAUGAGUUGAAUCAGGUGAAGGUAAGCUGUGCUCUUGAUUAAUAUCAUAUGACAGGGAUGACUGGUCUUAAAAUGAGGACUGUCCUUGUGUCCUUAUGUUAAGGACACUCUAUGUGUCUCAGCACUGUUAUUACUCAAUCUUUAGCAGUAUAUGUCAUCAUAUUUCCUCCACUGUAACAUUUAUACAUGAAUUGUGCAUGAAAUAUACAGAAAUGAGAGUGGGGGAAAAGCGGUCAUUUUGGCAGCCAGUCCCAAACAUUCCGUCCCAGAACUGUCCCAGCAAAAUGUUUAGCUACUACAGGAACAAUCCCGUAUCAUUUUGGGUAUUUUAUUCACAUAUAAUUGUCAAUAACGCGUCUAUGCUCAUCUGCUGAUGAUGACAAGCACGUAUUAGAGCUGUUAAGCCGUGAAAAGCUCACACUCAGAUUAGAGGGGGAAGAUUCACACGUCUGAACAUCUACACUCGUCCUCCGUCUGCUCAAACAUGAAGACACUGGUCAUUCUGCCGCUGCUGCUGAGCGCCGUGUUACACACUGUGUUCUCUUGUGCGGUGUGUAAAGGCGAGGCACUGAAGUGUUAUACCUGCAUCGCGCCCAAUCAGGAGGAGUGUAACCGACAAGGCUUGAGUGUAUGUCCUGCUAACUCAGACGCCUGUGCCACCAUCACAGGGGCCAACUCAGUGAUGAAGUCCUGCUCCUUUAAAUCAUUCUGUGAUAAAUCCCACAUGAGUAAUGGAGGAAUGAAGCUGGAGUGCUGCUUUAGUGAUGAGUGUAACGGGCCGCACCGUGCUCACAGUCACGGAGAACACGGCAACGGCGCUGUGGCUCUGGGUUCCAGCCUGAACCUGCUCCUGGGAGUGCUGAUGAUCCGAGCCGCUGUCAACGUCAUGUAAAAUCCUAUAAACACCAGAAAAAAACACUAUAAGACAUAUUAUUUAGUAUUGUAGCAUGAGCUUUUGGAAUAUGCAUGGGUUAACAGUGUUUCUAGUGAUAGUACAUUAACAGUCAAAAGUUUUGGACACACCUUCUCUUCAUUUUAACUAUUUUCUACUAUUUUAUAACAAUGGUGAAGAUAUUAAAACUACAAAAUGUCAAAUAUCAAAUAUAGUAAGGCACUGACCAAUAGUGUUGACCAAAACUAUUUUAUAUUUAAAAUUCUUAACAGUGUUCCUGGUGAAGCCUUGCACACUCUUGGCAUUUUUUCAACCAGCUUCAUGAAUAAGCUUCUUUUCUUAACCUUCGCAGAUAGACUGAGGUCUAAAUAGAAACUGCUUAUUUGGUAAAGCAAUUUAAAUUUCAGGGAAAAAAUAUUUCUUAAGCAAAUAAAUUUCAGAAAUUAAGAAAUAAAUUUAUACCUGGACUUCACUAUUUACAUUAUUUUAAAACUAACUAGUUUCAAAAUGUCUUUAUAACAAUGAAAAGUUAAAUCUGCUGCGUCCAAACUUUUAACUGGUAGUGUACGUUGAUUUGAGUGUGUAUUAAUGGAAAUAAUUUGAGUCAGAUAGAUUUCCAUUACUUGUUAGCUAUAUUAGCCUCAGACGUCGAGUAUAAAACUUUGACGCAAACUUAGAACGUUAUGUAAAUUUUCCUUUUGGCCCUGUUCUACACAUUUUAGUGUGUUUUGUACUUUAACACUCCUGAUUCAGCUGCUCACUUCAUUAACACACCUUUUAUGAGAAUAAAAGGUGUGUGUGGUAGAGAAAGAAAACACUAAACUGUGCAGAACAUGUGGUGGAUUAAGAUCUAAUGAGGCUUAAAGUGCCAGAAAUGAAUUUACAUAGCUGGUAGAUCCUUUUAGAUAUUUUGCCAAGUAUAAAGCCAGCAGCAGUUUGUUUCUGUAUGUUCGUGGUUUGUGCUGUAUAUGGAGUCGAAUGAGGGCUGGCUAAAUAAAGUUGACAGCUAAAUAAA